AUGUCUGCUCUCCACCCCUCCAACUUCAACACUUCCUCUUUCCAACUUCUGGGCUUCCCGGGGCUGGAAUCGGCUUAUCCAUGGAUCGCCCUCCCCUUGUCCACCAUCUACACUGUAGUGCUACUGGGGAACAGCACCAUCCUCUAUGUACUCUGGGUAGAGCAAAGCCUCCAUGAGCCCAUGUACUACCUCUUGGCCCUGCUGACCACCACGGACUUCGGUAUGGGACUCUCGACACUGCCCACGGUUCUGGGUGUCCUGUGGGGGCAUCGCCAGGAAAUCAGCCUCAACUCCUGCAUUGCCCAAGCGUACUUCAUCCAUGGACUGUCCAUCAUGGAGUCCGGUGUCCUCCUAGUCAUGUCUUGGGACCGCUUCAUUGCCAUCUGCAACCCCUUGCGCUACACUUCCCUAGUGACCGGCUCAUCAAUCAUCAAAAUCGGAUCGAUUGUUUUAACCAGGAGCUGGCUAUUGACCCUUCCCGUGAUCAUUCGCCUGAGAUUCCUCUUCUAUUGCCGCCCCCAUGUCCUCUCUCACUCCUUCUGCCUGCACCAGGACCUGCUCCGCUUGACUUGUUCUGACACUCGAUUCAACAGUUUCUAUGCCCUUGGGCUCGUGAUCAUCAUUCUCGUCUUGGACUCUGUGCUUAUUCUGGCUUCCUACAUCCUGAUCUUCCGGACCGUGCUGACUGUGGCCUCACGUGGGGAAAGGCUGAAGUCUCUCCAGACCUGCACCUCCCACAUCCUCGCCAUCUUGGUCUUUUACGUUCCCAUCAUUGGCCUUACCAUGGUUCACCGUUUCGGAAAACACCUGACUCCUCUGGUCCACGUGCUCAUGGGCCACAUCUACAUUCUUUUCCCUCCCCUGAUGAACCCCAUCAUCUACAGUAUCAAAACCCAGCAGAUCCGCAAAAGGAUCCGAGGGAUGUUCUACCCAGAAAGGAGCUGA